CCUGGCUUAUCUCCGGCAGGAACUGCCCCUUCUGCAUAAAUAGCGGCGGUGGGGAAGCAGCCGGCACAGACAGGACGACCGGCAGCACAGCAGCAGCAGGAGAGAGCUGGUUCGGCGCCAAGAUGAGAGCUGUGGUGGUGGUCCUCGCCCUGCUCUGCCUGACGGGCACCCAGGCCCGCUACUUCGCGCAGCAAGAUGAACCCCAGGCGCCCCUGGAGCGCCUCAAGGACAUGGUGGAAGUGUACCUGGAGACUGUGAAGGCCAGUGGCAAGGAUGCCAUCGCCCAGUUCGAGUCCUCUGCCGUAGGCAAACAGCUGGACCUGAAGCUGACCGACAACCUGGACACACUGGCCGCAGCCGCCGCCAAGCUGCGGGAGGACAUGGCCCCCUACUACAAGGAGGUGCGGGAGAUGUGGCUGAAGGACACGGAGGCCCUGCGCCAGGAGCUGACCAAGGACCUGGAGGAGGUGAAGGAGAAGAUCCGACCAUUCCUGGACCAGUUCUCUGCCAAGUGGACGGAGGAGCUGGAGCAGUACCGCCAGCGCCUGGCACCCGUGGCCCAGGAGCUGAAGGAACUCACCAGGCAGAAGGUGGAGCUGAUGCAGGAGAAGCUGACCCCGGUGGCCGAGGAGGCCCGGGACCGCCUGCGCGGGCAUGUGGAGGAGCUGCGCAAGAACCUGGCGCCCUACAGCGAUGAGCUGCGGCAGAAGCUGAGCCAGAAGCUGGAGGAGAUCCGGGAGAAGGGCAUCCCCCAGGCUGCUGAGUACCAGGCCAAGGUGGUGGAGCAGCUCAGCAGCCUGCGUGAGAAGAUGACGCCCCUGGUGCAGGAAUUCAGGGAGCGCCUCACCCCCUACACCGAGAGCCUCAAGACCCGCUUCAUCACCCUUCUGGACGACCUCCAGAAGGCCGUGGCCUGAGCCGCAGGCCGGCGCAGCCAGGGACUGACCCCAGCCCUGCUCCUGCGGCCGCCUCGGGGCUGCUCCCUGCCCUGCCCGGGGUGCUGCCCCUCAGGGGGCUCUGGGGAUGGGCUGCGGGAGCCCCAGGCCAGGCCAGCCCUGGGGCAUCCUCCCUGGGGACCCCCCUCCUCCCCUCCCACUGCCUCCCUUCCCCGAACCGGCCGGCGUUGCUCUCAGCUUUGCCUUCCUUUUGUCAAAUAAAUGUGACUUAAGUUA